CCUUGCAAUGUGCCGUCAUCAGUUUUACCGAUCCAAAGAAACCAUGAAGUUUGUAGUCCUCGCUCUCCUGGCCGCCGUGGCCACCGCCGUCCCAGUUUAUGAUGGUGCCCAGGCUCGCUUCGACUCCGGCGAGGCGGUUGCCAUCCUGAGGGACGACCGCGUGAUCGAGGACGACGGAAGGUACAACUUCGACAUGGAGGCUGCCAACGGCAUCGUCAUGUCUGAGUCUGGCUCUCCCGGUCUGGAGGGUGCCAUCGUCAGUGCCGGUUCCUACUCAUACACCGCUCCUGACGGCACCCCAGUUGUCGUCAAGUACGUGGCUGACGAGAACGGCUUCCAGCCCCAGUCCGACCUCCUGCCCGUGGCCCCCGAGUUCCCCCACCCGAUCCCUCAGUUCGUCCUCGACCAGAUCGCCUUCGCCGCUGAGGAGGACGCCGCUCGCGCCCGCGGUGAGCUCAGGGGCGCCAGCCAACCCUCUAGCAGAUAUGGAGCUCCUUAGAUGUCCUAAUUUAUGAUAUAGGGACACAGAAAUGAACUAUAUAUCUAUAUUUAAACAUAUUUGUAAAGUGCACGAGGCAUAUUGAUAAGUAUUUUUUUGUAAGAGCAAAAUAAAAAAUGUAAUAAAUCA